AUGGAGUUGGUAAUACUUAAAGCGAGAGCUCAACUAAAUCGUCUCGUGUCGUCUGGUGAGAAGCGCAGCGGAAGCAGCGAGCGCUCGCCGCGUGGUGAGGGCGGAGGCGAGAGCGCGCGGGCGGCGGGCCGCGGCCGCAACAACAUGGCGCCGCCCGCGCCCUCAUCCUGGCUUAACGCCUCCCUUACUUACAACCUCUCGAGGCUCAACACUACCUUCGAUACAGACUACGAGCUGCUAAACGCGACUGCCGGUGACGAUCAGAACAAUCACUGGUUUUGCGCUAAAUGGACAAGCGCUCAGCAGGAUCUUUUUCAGGCGGCAAAUCUGUGCUUCGCGCUGGCGUUUCUCGCGCCGAAGAGCUUCAAACAGAGCAUCUUAGUGCUGCGAGCCCUGGCGGCGUCGGGCGCCGUGCUCAUGGGCAUGUGGGCAGGCGCUGACGUAUGCGCACCCGACGUCCUCGCCUGGAGCCUAGCGCUUGUGCUCGUUAAUUCUUUACACACAGUCUUCUUAAUCAUAAGAUUUCUUCCGCCGGCGCUUUCGCUGGAACUGACUGACCUGUAUUUGAAGCUAUUCAAGCCGCUGAAAGUGAACAAGAAACACUUCCAGGAACUCACGCGGGAGGCUCGGAUAGUCCGCCUCGAGCCGGGUGAAGCAUACGCCGUCGAGGAUGUAACACCAGCAGAUGAACGACUCUCUAUUCUGAUAAAGGGAAAACUGCGAGUUAGCUGCGAUGAGACGCAUCUUCAUUACAUACAGCCCUAUCAGUUUGUCGACUCACCGGAGUGGGAAGCGAACAGAGAGCAAUCUGAUGACGUAUUCCAGGUGACGGUGAUCGCAGAGGAGGUGUCCACGUGUGUGUGUUGGCCGCGCAUGCGCCUCGAGAGAGUGCUGCGACAUCGCCCCGCACUCAAGGUCGUGCUCGACUGCCUCAUAGGUAAAGACAUUACUCACAAACUAUACUCAGUGAGUGAAGGCUUAGGACUGGGUGCGGCGGGCGAACGAGAAGGAACACCGUUGCACCUGACGCGGUCUGCCAGCGUUGACGCGGUGCAUGAAGGUGCCCGUGGACGUCUCCGUAGUGCUGCCUGGCGAGCUCGCACCCCCGCACCCAAGGGUCAGAUACAAGGGGCAUCGUACUGGCAGCCAGUGGUAGCACGACAGUUUCUCCGACAGUCACCGUUCGGACGACUCAAUCAGCCUCCGCGAUUGGUCGCACAGUCUUCAUCGGCAAGUUUACAAACGCCAGCCCGCAAGCGCAGUCCACCCAGGAGGCCAGCAUCGUUGCGGCGCGGUCGCGAAGUAAAGUUCGCUGAGAUAACGCCGGAGCCGGCCGUGUGACGCGGGCCGCGGCUCCAGCCAGAGCUGGUGCCGCUCGUUUCCCCACCGUUUUCCCCCAACUCGUCUUCACCCCCCCUGACGUCCCCCUGACAGGAAAUCGAGCGAACGUACAUGCCGCACAUGACUGAUUUUUGAACUAAAAGAAGUUUGCUCUUUAGCAGUGCUACGUUCGAAAUGCAAAAGACUUGUUUGUUGUUAACGUUUUCCAUACUAUUUCAAAUUAUUUA